AUGGGGUGGACGAAACAGCGUUUUCUAGGAUCCGGGUCAUACGGAAAGGUGUACUUGGCCGUAAAACGACCGGAAAGCAUGGAGGUCGCGGUGAAGUCCGGCACCGGCGUCAAGUGCAUCAACUCCCUCAUACGGGAGGGACACUUCUUGAAUUCGCUCAGAGCCUCUCCCUAUAUUCUUCGCUGUUUCGGGGAAGACAUAAGUAUGGAGAACGGAGUAGAGAUUUACAGCCUUCUUCUCGAGUACGCUCCCGGCGGAACUCUCGGCCAGUUAAUCAGGUCCCGCGGCGGAGCCGCCAUGCCGGAAUCCGACGUCGGAUGGUACGCCUAUCAGCUUCUCAAGGGUAUUCAUCACGUCCACAGCCUAGGGUUCGUCCACUGCGAUAUAAAGCCGGAUAACGUCCUAGUCUUCCCCAGACGAUACGCGAGGAAUUGGAUUAAGCUCUGCGAUUUUGGGAUAGCGAAGACGGCCGGCGGGAGCGGCUUUUUCGGCGGUAGUCAUCGCGGGGCUUUACGGUACGCGCCGCCGGAAUCUUUAACAUGGAAACAGUACGCGCCGCCUAAGGAUAUUUGGGCGCUGGGUUGCAUCGUCUUCCAGAUGAUCACCGGAAAACCUGCCUGGGAAUUUAGCUAUGACUGUAACUUAUUAUCAACCCAGAGUAUAUUUAUAUCCCCUUACGCCCUGGAUUUUCUGAGAAAUUGUUUGGAAGUGGACCCACGGCGGAGAUGGACGGCGGAGAUGCUACUUGCUCACCCAUUCAUCGUUAGAAAUAACCAUUGGUUUGAGAUUGAAGAAAGAGAGGAAGAUGAAGGGCCUCUGAACAACCCUUUGGGCUGUGCAGAAUGGAGUUCCAGUAAGAAUCUGUUUACAGGGCCGCCGCCAACUUUAUGCUUCAAUUCCAUAUUUAGAGAUGUAUAA